CUUUAUUGUAUAAGUGCUUAAUCAAAAUAAAUAAGUUGAUUUCAUAGUGAAUCAUACUAAUUUCUUCCUCCGAAUGUUACCAAUUGACUCUGACUUCGACGGACUUUACAUGGAACUCAUCCGUCAGAGAUUGGUUAAGAAUAGAUUGAGAUUCCAUUGUCCACAACUUCAGCUGUUUGAGAAGAGAGAUUUUGACAAUAAGGGAAAAUGAGACAUCUCUUUCGUACUGGAAAAUUUUACAGAAACCUUUCUAAAAUGAGAAUUGUGUCAUACAAUUAUCAUAGGCCAUUAAGGACUGCAGUCUAUCAAUUACCAGAAUAUACAACUUGCAGCAGUAUUCAUACAAAUGCAUGUGAUUUCAUAAAAAGAAACUUAUAUGCAAGAAUACCAAUUUUUUCUCACCAAAGAAUACCAAGUAAAAGCAAUAUGCUUUCAGAAAUAUCCAUUGAACAUGUUCAAUAUUCUACACAUUCUGAAGAAGAACUGUCGUUGUGCAAUGAAAAAGUUCAGCGCUGUCUUUCGGAGAUGAGAGAGAGGUUUAGAUCCAGUUCUCAAAGCUCUACAGAAGAGGGUCAGCUCACUGCAAGGUCGCUUAAACCCUUGAUGGUCUUGCUGGAGGAGGUUGACAAAAUUCAGUCUGACAUUGAUGACCUCCGUAGCAUGGCCAGUGACCCAGAGAAUGAUAAGGAGAUGAAGCAGCUGGCCCAGAGUGACCUUGAAGAUGCACUUGAGAAAUUGAAGGAGCUAGAAGAUGAUGUACUAAAUUCUCUGGUCCCUCCUGAGCCACUGGAAGACACAGACACCAUCGUUGAAGUGAGUGCAGGCGUUGGUGGGCAGGAAGCCAUGCUUUUCUGCCAGGAGGUAUUUAGCAUGUAUACGUCCUAUGCAGAGUACAUGGGAUGGGAGACCGACAUUAUGGAUUACGAGACAACGGAUAUUGGUGGUGUGAGACAUGCUGUGGCAGUUGUACGAGGAGAAGGGGCAUACCGUCUCUUGAAGUACGAGGGAGGAAUUCACCGCGUGCAAAGAGUGCCGAAGACUGAGAAAGCGGGACGCAUUCACACUUCGACUGUCUCUGUGGCCGUCAUGCCGCAGCCGAGCGAGAUAGACAUUCAAAUAUCGGAGAAAGACCUGAGGAUUGAGACCAAGCGAGCGAGCGGGGCAGGCGGACAACAUGUCAACACAACUGAUAGUGCUGUCAGGAUGGUUCACAUUCCCACAGGUAUUGCUGUUGAAAGUCAGAAGGAAAGGUCCCAGCACCGCAACAAGGAUGAGUGCAUGAGGAAGUUAAGGGUACAGCUCUACCAGCUGCAACUUGAUGAAAACAUGGCCCAGUUUACCUCAAAUAGGAAAUUGCAGGUUGGAACAAGAGCCAGAUCGGAGAAAAUCAGAACCUAUAACUACCCUCAAGAUCGAGUCACUGAUCACAGAAUUGGAGUAUCUGUGCACAAUCUGCAAUCUGUUUUAAAUGGCUCAGAUGAUCUUCAUGCUCUUAUCUGUCGACUGCUUGAAGAAGGUUGGAAGGAAAGACUGUGGGAUAUCAUUAACAACCCUCAGCUAUCUAAGUUAAAAGAUUCAGGGAUAAUGUUGUUAAUGUGAUGUUUAACAUGUUGUAAAAAGAAGAAUAGACAUCACUUUGGAAAUUAUAUUUUUUUUCAGUUUGUUGCUCAUGUAGUAAUUCUAAAUGCAUUUAAAUUUUGUUUUGGUAUUUUUCAGUCACUGUAACCAUAAUAAUUUGAUAAGGCAACAAACUCUUACAGGUGAAUCUUCAUCAUUAUUGUAUAAUGUUAUUUUUCAUUUACAGUUCUUAUUUUGAAACUUAUUGCAUGUGAAUAAUUUGUAAAUAAACUAUUUCAUCAAUGUAUAUUUAUUAUAAUGUAAAUAGAGAAGAAAAAUAAGU